CAAUCACGGUAUUAUGAGUGAUGUAAACAUUUAGAUUCGGUAUAGAGUAAAAUUAGUUGCUAAUUUCUAGCAGUUGGAUAGGUGACUUGUUACUGUCGCGACGACGCGUUACAUAGUAUCUCGACAAGUACUGAAUAUUAAUAAAUCGUUUUUCUAAUAAACUAUCUUAAACAUUAUUUUAACCGUGUUAUAUACGAACUAGGAAGUAACGAAAGAAAUCGAAUGAUUUCAAUAGUGGUAUGAACGUAAACGUAAGCCUCUCCUGAUAGUCUUUCUAAGAAUGGAAUAUCGUGAGUAGUGGAUUCGCAGCACGGUCGUUUUGUAUUAGUAUCGUUCAUUUCAAUAGAUUAACGAACUCUUUAUGUAAACAUGCCUAACGUUUGUAUUUUGUGUGCGAAACUAAAGCCCAAAAAUCCGAGUUCCACGGUAUCUUUUCACUUAUUUCCGAGGUGUCCGAAAAAGCGGCAGUUAUGGAUCAAACGGUGUAAAUUAACAAAUAAAGAAGUUUUACCGAACCAUAAGAUUUGUUCACUACAUUUUAAGCCAACAUGUUUCAAAUCCAAUGUAAAAAGGCGGAUACUGUACCCAGAUGCUGUACCAACAGUUUUUGGAAAAGGCCAAAUCAAAAGAACAGAUCUGCCAUUUAAAACAUUGAAAGAAAAAUCAAAAAAUCAUAAGAAGUCUAAUAAUUGUAUUCUAUGCGUGAAAUCAGUGCUAAAAUAUUAUCCCAGUUUCAAGAUAUCUUUACACUUAUUUCCAGCAUGUCCAAUAAGACGGAAGGUAUGGAUUAAUCGUUGUAAAUUAACAAACCAAAAAGUUCUACCAAACCACAAGAUAUGCUCAUUACACUUUGAGCCAACAUGUUUCAAAUCCACUAAAAAGAGGCGGAUACUUUACCCAAACGCCAUACCAACAAUUUUCGAAAAAGGCCUUGUCACAAAAAAGAAAUUGCCUACAAGAAUUGUGAAAGGAAAAUUGAAAGAUUGUGAUAAGAUAGAUAUAGCACGUCAGAAUCAGCAGUCCCCUAAUAUGUUAGUAACAAAAACUACUAAAACAGGGAAUUUUAAUUCUAAACGUGAGUCUCGUGGUAUAUCACAAAUAAAAGUUGAUAAAGAAGUAUUUGGACCCAUGAAAAGUAUUACAACUAGUCGAAAAAGAAAAUUUGAUGAACUCAAUGAAACUGUUACAAAAGUAGCUAAAAAGUGAAAGUAUUCGACACCCUGCCUUAAACUGAUAGGACAACUAUGAACAAUGAAACAAAAAAAAAAAAAAAAAACCGCAGUCUAACUCUUGUUGACAUUUUAUUGGAUUACCAGAAAAUUAAUCAGAAUGUCUAUAAUUUGAAUACAAACUCGUGAGACGUGAAGUCGAUACAUGGUUGUUAAAUUUUUCAACAUCGAUUCCUCAGAAGUAGUAACAUUAUUAUAUUAUAUAAUAUAUAGUAUGUAUGACUAAAAUUGCAAUAAGUAUAAACCUUUAGAACUGUUUGUAUAUAUUUUUAGGCUUGAUUUCUGUAAAUUGUUUGAUAUAUACCUUUGCCCUAUUUUAAAUUAUGUGAACAAUAAUUGUGCUUACUAGAUCAACUCAAUGUAGAAUUUAAUGGCAUUGUUGACAGUACAACAGAAUAAACUAUUUUAAUUUUUAACUAAAAGAAUUUUUUUUGUGGAUAAGAUACAAUGAUAGUUGAAAAGAAUUAAAACAAAAUGGUAAUUUUUACAGUAUUGAUAAUUUGUCAAUGAAUCCACAAUACUUUGUAUUU